AUGGCCGAUGACGACGAUUAUGAGGGUGAUAUGGAGGGUGAUGAGUUCGGGGAAGAGGAACAGAUGGACGAUUUGGAGUUGGAGGGCGCUGAAGAUGAAGCAGAACGGACACAGUUAGUUGAGGGCACUGAGCGAACUGCAUCCACAGAUCGUGUCACCACACCAUUCAUGACCAAGUACGAACGAGCCAGGAUUCUCGGUACUCGAGCCCUGCAAAUAGCAAUGGGUGCACCCGUGAUGGUAGAGUUAGAAGGCGAAACCGACCCAUUGGAGAUUGCUCGUAAAGAGCUGAAAGACCGCAAAAUUCCAAUCAUUAUUAGAAGGUAUCUUCCGGAUGGUUCGUUUGAAGACUGGGGUGUUGAUGAACUGAACAUUACAGACUGGUAA